GUCUACACAUAAUUUAUUUCACAGAUCGCUUGGCCAGAAGAACACAAGUUCCCCUCACAGGAACUCUAAGGGACAAAGCAAGAUGGACAUUGAGACAACUUCGCCAUUCUACCCAUUCGACUAUGAAGAACCCUGCCAGAAACUUGAUGUAAAGCACACAGCAUCACAGCUCCUCCCUCCACUCUACUCCCUGGUGUUCAUUUUUGGCUUUGUGGGCAAUGUGCUAGUUUUUCUGGUCUUGAUAAGAUGUAAAAAGCUGAAGAGCAUGACUGACAUCUAUCUGCUCAAUCUGGCCAUUUCUGAUUUACUUUUCAUCAUCACCCUCCCCUUUUGGGCUCACUAUGCUGCAGACCAGUGGAUCUUUGGUGAUGGCCUGUGUAAGGCACUGACGGGAUUCUAUCACAUGGGUUUCUUUGGAGGAGUCUUCUUCAUCAUCCUCCUGACCAUCGAUCGGUACCUGGCCAUUGUCCAUGCCGUGUUUGCUCUGAAAGCUAGGACUGUCACCUCUGGCAUUUUGACAAGUGUCAUCACCUGGGUAGUGGCUGGCUUAGCCUCUCUACCAGCAUUCAUCUUCACCAAAUCUCAAAAGGAAGGGAUGCAACACACCUGCAGCCCUCAUUUCCCAUUAGAGCAAUUUUCUGCCUGGAAGAACUUUGAAACUUUAAAGAUGAAUAUUUUGGGGUUAGCGUUACCCCUCUUUAUUAUGAUCAUUUGCUACUCAGGAAUCAUAAAAACAUUGCUGAGGUGUCGGAAUGAGAAGAAGAAACACAAGGCAGUGAGGUUAAUCUUUGUGAUUAUGAUAAUUUACUUUCUCUUCUGGGCCCCCUAUAACAUCGUGCUUCUCUUGAGUACAUUCCAAGCUUUAUUUGGUCUGAACAAUUGUGACAGCUCCAAGAGGCUGGACCGAGCCAUGCAAAUAACAGAGACACUUGGAAUGAUUCACUGCUGUAUCAACCCAGUGAUUUAUGCCUUUGUUGGGGAAAAGUUUAGGAGAUACCUCUCUACCUUCUUCCGCAAAUACCUUGUCCAGCGUUUCUGCAAACACUGCCCCAUUUUCCAUGGGGAGACGCUUGACCGAGUGAGCUCAACAUAUACCCGAUCUACUGGGGAGCAGGACAUUUCUACUGGUCUGUAAAGUGGAUGUAUUAUUGCAUGCAUAGGUUUUUUUUCCAGUUAAUGGAGUAAUUGCAUUAAGGUUUUAAAAUAAGUCCUUGUUUAAAAAAAAAUAAGUCCUCCCAGUCAGAUAUGCUCUAUACUAAAUAUUUUCAAACCCAUAAAAUCAAAUUCCCAACAAAGUUCAA